CCGCGCGGAAGUUUACCCCACCAGCGUGCUGGUGUCCUUGGAGACGAAGCCGGGUCUGGGCGGCGGCAGAGAGGCAACGACGACAACAGAGCCCCUGGAGAAGCCAAGAUGCCGUCGAAGGGAAAGGACAAAAAGAAGGGCCAGGGCAAAGACAAGAUUAAGAAGAAGAAGAUAAUAAAAGUUGAGGAAUCUGCUGUGGAAAGAGCCAAGGCCAAUGCCUCCCUUUGGGAGGCCAGGCUGGAAGUCACAGAACUCUCUAGGAUUGAGUAUCGUGAUACUUCCCGAAGACUGGCAAAAAGUAAUGAAGACUUAAAGAAACAGCAGUAUAAAAUGGAGAAAGACACAAUGUCUGUUUUGAGCUACUUGAAGAAGCAGGAUCAGGAGAAAGAUAAUCUGAUUGAAAAACUGAAACAGCAAUUGAAUGAAACAAAAGAAAAAGCCCAAGAAGAGAAGGAAAAAUUGGAACAAAAAUAUACAGUGCAAAUAAAUGAGCUGGAGGGACAGUUCCAUCAGAAAGCCAAAGAAAUUGGCAUGAUUCAGAUGGAGCUCAAAACAAUAAAACAAUUCCAAAAGAGAAAAAUCCAAGUGGAGAAAGAAUUAGAUGAUCUGAAGGAGAAUUUAAGGAACACAGAGCGGAAGCAUCAGGAGACUCUUAGAAGAUUGGAAAGCAGAUUUUUUGAAGAAAAGCACCGACUAGAACAAGAGGCUGAAAAGAAGAUAAUAAUGCUGGCAGAGAGAGCCCACCAUGAAGCCGUUAUGCAAUUGAAUAAUGCUGGAAGAACUGUUUUUAAAGAGAAUGUUUAUCUCCAGAAAGCUCUUGCAUACCAUCUGAAGGAAACCGACACUCUGCAAAAAAAUUCCCAGAAGUUACAAGAGACUCAAACUUUGCUUUUACAGCAAAAGGAGAUCAAUGAUCUGUUGGUUAAGGAAAAGAUAAUGCAGCUUACCCAGCAGAGAUCCCAAAUUCAGACUCUGCAGAAGAAGGUGGUAAGCUUGGAGACUGCCCUGAGUUGUAUGACCAAAGAGUUUGAGACUGAAGUUUUAAAACUGCAGCAACAGGCAAUGGUAGAGAACCAAGCAGGUCAAAUUGAAAUUUUCAAAUUGCAGCAACUUCUUCAGAUGAAGGACAGGGAAAUGAAUCGAAUGAAGAAGCUGGCCAAGAACAUACUAGAUGAGAGAACAGAAGUGGAAAGUUUCUUUUUAGAUGCUCUACACCAAGUAAAGCAACAGAUCCUGAUUAGUAGAAAGCGUUAUAAACAGAUAGCACAAGCUGCUUUCAAUUUUAAAAUGAGAGAGGCGUGUGCAAGAAGAACAGAAUAUCCCAAAAUCCGCACAUUCGAUGGCAGAGAGCACAGCACCAAUAGUGUGAAUCAGGAUCUUAUGGAGGCUGAUAAGUGGACAGAUGUUCAUGGAAAUGUGGAUAUUGGAGAUUUGACCUGGGAGCAGAAGGAGAAAGUCUUGAGAUUGCUCUUUGCAAAAAUGAAUGGCUUUGUUCCUAGGAAAUACAGCCAGAGUUCUAGACCUCCAGUUCCAGACUAUGUUGUUCUAGAUGAAGGAAAAGCAAAGGAGUUUGGGGAUGAAAUUAAGCUUCCAGAUCAAACCUUCAUCACCCAGCAAGUGCCAAUCUUGGACUCUUCUGAUGAACUGGUGAUAUCCAAUAUUCAGAAUGAAUCACAAGAGUCUGACAUGGUAAGGAGUCUGUGAUCUAACCAAAUAACACCCCUAACUCUUCCCGUUCCCCGUGCAGCUUCUUGCUAAGUCACAGUUCUUUUCUCUACUAAC